CAGAAGCCACCGCUCUUCUCUCUCUCACAGAAACUCUUGUAUAAAUAUGAUUCUCUCUUGUUCUCAUUUUUUCUCAUCAACAGCUCCCUCUAAUUCCAACUUUUUUCUCAUUUAACAAUCUCCAACUACAAAACCUCCCUCUUCAAAUUCCCGUUUUACCUCCGCAACGUUCAAAGUUUUGUUUUUUCCGUUAUAUUAUUACCUCCUCAUAACCCAGGCUGAAUCUUGUAUUGGAGGCAUAGAUUCUCCAUGGGUGAAGCUCCGGCUUUAAAUGUGGAUGAUGUGCAGAAUGGGAAUAGAUUUCCAAUUUCAAAUGGCUCUAGUUUAAAAUCUAAAGCCAGUGAAACAAACACCGUCAUUGGUGAUAAAACAUAUCUUAUUGCUGGGAGUGAUGAAUCUAUUGGAGUUAAGAUUUAUGACAAGUCGACAGGAAAACGGAUGAUUCCUACUGUGCGGGGUGAAGAACCCAAGCCAUGUGAAGGCCAUUCAGCUGUUGCUAUAAAUGAAGAUCGAAUAUUGGUUAUUAAGAAGGGUGCCACUUCAGAUGACUGCAUUUGGUUUCUUGAGGUGGAUACCCAAUAUGUUAGGGAGCAGAAGAAAAAAGUUGGAACUGAGAUUGUUGCCUGGAGUAGAGGGUUUAUAGGCAAUGCUCAGAAGCCAGUUGUUAUUAGUGGUCCUUCUGGGGUUGGUAAGGGUACAUUGAUAUCAUUGCUUAUGAAGGAAUUUCCAUCCUUGUUUGGAUUUUCUGUGAGCCACACAACUCGUGCACCCCGGGAAAUGGAGAAGAAUGGGGAGCAUUACCACUUCACUGAGCGAAGUGUUAUGGAGAAAGAGAUAAAAGAUGGGAAGUUCCUCGAGUAUGCCUCUGUUCAUGGGAAUCUUUAUGGAACCAGUAUUGAAGCUGUUGAGGUGGUUUCAGAUGCUGGAAAGAGAUGCAUUCUUGACAUUGAUGUCCAAGGCGCAAAAUCUGUGAGGGCUAGUUCUCUUGAAGCUAUUUUUAUCUUUAUCCGUCCACCCUCAAUGAAGCAGCUAGAGGAGCGUCUCCGUGCAAGGGGGACUGAGACAGAAGACCAAAUCCAAAAACGACUUCAAAAUGCUGAGGCGGAGAUUAAGCAAGGGACAUCCUCUGGAAUCUUUGAUCAUAUUUUGUAUAAUGAUAAACUCGAUGAGUGUUACAAGAACCUUAAGGAACGAUUGGGUCUUGAUGGAAUUACAGCUUCAAAUAAUCAAACAGCACCCAGAGAGAUUGAUUUGCCAGUGGACCAUUCAGUAUCAAAAGUUGAUAACAAAAUCCUCAUAAAGUGUGGGACUCCAGGAUCCGGAAAAGCAUCAGAGAACUUGAUCAUACUGGAUGUAUCCUCACUUAAAGGAGGGGCACCGGGACGGACUAGAGGGCUUGAUGUUUACGCCAUUGAUUCAUUUUCAGAUGGCUUGAAUGGGAACGGUUGUCAAUGCCGGUGAUAUUGACAUGGUUUUACAUUGAAAAUUUUCUCUAAGCUCAUUUUAUACAACUUAGAAAGGAGAGUCUUGAUGAAGCUCUAGUUGUGAUUCCAUAAGACUAUGCCACAAGCUAUUAUCAUUUAUUUUUUACGUCUCAGCAUUCUUUGCUUGUUUUCAAUCAGAAACUGACUUCCAGUGUUUUAACAAUUACUAUUCCCUGCAUGGGUAAUGAGAGAUGAUUCUUGAUUUGUGCGGCAA